AAGAGGCAGGAGGGUCCACCGCCGUCACAGACUAACGUCUCAGUUUCACCUCGGGGAUUUAAACCACCAAUGAAUCCUAAAUCAGCAGCCGGAGGAGGACGUGCAUCUGAGAGGACACUCCUGCAGGACCCUCGUUCACUCUUCACGCCGUUCUUCCUCUGAGCAGCGCCAUGACCAGGAAGGUGUUCACCAACACCAGGGAGCGCUGGCGCCAGCACAACGUCAACACGGCCUUCGCGGAGCUCCGGAAGCUCAUCCCCACCCAUCCUCCCGAGAAGAAGCUGAGCAAGAACGAGAUCCUGCGCCUGGCCAUGCGCUACAUCAACUUCCUGGUGCGGCUGCUGGAGAGCCAGGGCGGCCAGCCGGACGGCCGCUCCCCCACAGCUCUGCUCACCUUCCUCAGAGGAAACAUGGAGCAGCUGCGCUCCCCCCCGCCCCGCUGGACCGUCGCCAGCGACACCGAAGCCCCGUCGCCCGGAUCCAGCUGCGACAGCUCCGAGGCCUGGUAGAGGUCUGGAUGCUGGAGGAAAACACAGAUUAUGGACCCGAGCCGGGCAGAACCAGACCCGAACCCAUGAGGCCAGAGGGAACCUACUGCCAUACGUUUUCUGUCACGCCUGAAGGGAUUCCGCUUUUCCACGAGGCAGAGUUCUGAGAGAAAAAUGAAGGAUUUCAUCCAGUCCUGCACUCAAACCACGGCGGAUCUUCCUCCUUUUCCCUCCGUUACAGCAGCACUUCUCUUCUCCCCAAACUAACUAAAUCUGACCUCCUCCUCCUCCUCAAAGAUGAAGGUCAUUUCACUCCGGACGUCUCCCUGCUCCUUGUUAAGGAGCCGGGGACCCGGCGGUCCUCCUCCAUCAAACCACUUUAAGGGUUUUGUCACACGACCAAAGAUCCUGAACUGAUUGUCCUCCGUCUGAAGCGUCUUCUCUGACCUGCUUGUAAGUUUGGCUCGUUGACAAAUAGUCUUAUUUAUUUCAACUAUUUAUUUAAUAAAGGAUUCGUUAUGACUUUUUC